CCUUCACACCAAUGCUGGCUAUCAGCAGCGUCUGACGACCGCAUCCUACAUACUUCUCUGCUUCGUCUGCAUCUGACAUCCCGACCACAGGAGCCUUCUGUGUCCCCACGGGGGCCAUUGUUGUUUCUGCCCUUUUUUGGGGGGACAUAAAAAAGCAACACCAUGGACAUGAUGGGUAACAAAGAGCGACAUGGCAUGAAUUUCAAAGGCUUGCUGAAGAAGAACUGGCUUCUGAUUGCCACGAUUUUGUCAGUGCUGCUCGGGAUCGGUCUGGGCUUCUUGGUUAGAGAGUAUGCAUCCUUCUCCCAACUCGACAAGCAGUAUUUUGGCUUUCCAGGAGAGAUCCUAAUGCGAAUGCUGAAGCUGGUCAUCCUCCCACUCAUUAUUUCAAGCAUGAUAACAGGUAUUGCGGCCCUGGACUCUGAGGUAUCAGGAAAGAUAGGCCUGCGAGCUGUGAUUUAUUACUUCUCAACAACCAUCAUUGCAGUUAUUCUUGGAAUUAUUUUGGUGAUGACUAUUAAACCGGGAAUCUCGCAGACAGCUGAGCACAUUGACAGAGAAGGGACCACGCCAAACGUCACAACAGUUGACACACUCUUGGACCUCCUCAGAAAUAUGUUUCCAGAAAAUCUGGUGCAGGCUUGUUUUCAGCAGUACAAGACGAAGCGCAAAGAGUUGGAGCCUCCAAAAGUUUCAAUCAACACAACAUUUCCAUCUCUGAUAAAUAUUUCCAUCGCAGUGGUAGAGAAUAUCACUAAGGACUAUAAAAUCACAGGAUCAUAUUCGGAUGGAAUCAACGUGCUGGGGCUUAUUGUGUUCUGUGUUGCAUUUGGCCUUGUCAUUGGGAAGAUGGGUGAAAAAGGACGCAUCCUCCUGGAAUUUUUUGAUGCCCUGAAUGAAGCAACCAUGAAACUGGUCCAGAUAAUUAUGUGCUACAUGCCAGUAGGGAUCCUGUUCCUAAUUGCUGCAAAGAUCACCGAGGUGGAAGACUGGGAGAUCUUCAGGAAGAUGGGUCUUUAUAUGGUGACUGUGCUGAGUGGUCUAGCAGUCCAUGCCAUUGUCGUUCUGCCACUGAUCUACUUUGUCAUUGUGAGGAAGAACCCAUUUACCUUCACACUGGGAAUGGCGCAGGCCCUGGUGACAGCACUCAUGAUUUCCUCAAGCUCUGCCACUCUACCUGUUACCUUCCGAUGUGCUGAGGAAAACAAUCACAUCGACAAGCGAAUCACCCGCUUUGUCCUUCCAGUGGGUGCCACUAUUAACAUGGAUGGCACAGCUCUGUAUGAGGCGGUGGCGGCCAUCUUCAUCGCCCAACUGAAUGACUAUGAGCUGGAUGUGGGCCAGAUUGUUACCAUCAGUAUAACAGCUACAGUUGCCAGUGUUGGGGCAGCAGGAGUCCCUAAUGCUGGGCUUGUCACCAUGGUGAUAGUCUUAACAGCUGUAGGAUUACCUGCAAGUGAUGUCACUCUGAUAGUGGCUGUGGAUUGGCUCCUGGAUCGAUUCCGUACUAUGAUCAACGUGCUUGGCGAUGCUUACGGAGCUGGUAUCGUUCAGAAACUAUCAAAGAAGGAACUGGAGAGGAUGGAUCUGAUGUCGGAUGUAGACGUUGCCAAUCCCUUUGCUCUUGAAGCUACUUUGGAUGACGAAGAGUGUGAGAAAAAAUCCUAUGUGAAUGGAGGCUUCACUGUCGACAAGACGGAUGCAAUCUCCUUCACUGAAACCUCCCAGUUUUAGCCUUAGCGUGGCUCAAAGGAGUAGAGAAAGUGCCAUGCUGCUAUGGAUCUAAAGCAGAAGACUUUGUAUCAUGUAUGAGCACCAUGAAGCAAGAGGAAAACUAUCCAAGACCCAUCCAAGACAUCAGUAACAGCAGCUUCCAUUAAGCUUAUCCAAGAUGAUCGCCCAUCAUGUCAGACAUUUUCAACCUUGACUAGAUUAAAGUGCUUCCUUCUUACUCUCAAAUUGUGCCAAGAUACAGAAAGGUCAGCUGAAUAUUAUUGUGACUGAAAAGAAGAGGUGUUUGUGUGUGUAUGUGUGCAUGAGGACACUCUUUUUGGAUGUAUCUGUAGUUUGCAAAAAUAUGUCCAUUUAGCACUGGUAGGAAAAUGAUAAUCUGUAAUAGUCUCACUUCAGUAUACUUUAUUUCCUCCUUGAUUAGUCAACCUCAAAUCAGAAAACGUUGGGAUGGUAUGUAAAAUCAAAAUUAAAACUGAUAAUAGUGAGGUGCAAAUCA